AUGAAUGAUUACAAAAAUUUACAAGAAGAUGACCAAAAUGAAGUAGAUAACACAGACCAAAAGGAACAAGAGUUUAUAGUUGAUUCAGAUGCCCUUUUUAUGUCAGAUAUCGAACAAAUUGAUUUAUAUAAUACACAAGCAGACUUUCUUUCAGAAAUGAAGGUAUUAGAGCAUAUUAUAGAGCUUUUUAAAGAAGGUAGACACAUUCCAAAGGAAGUAUUUCCAUAUCCAUUAUUUUUCGAUUGUAUUUCUAAUUAUUUAGCAAAUUCCGAAUUACAAAACUUUUAUCCAGCUAUAGUCGUGACUAAUUCAGUCAUUCAUGAUAGCAAUCAAGAAGAAAUUGUUCCAAUUUUCGAAAAUACUCAAUGUUAUAGACAAUUAAUCGAUAUAUUUUUAAAUUCCAUUGAUUACUAUGACGAGAUAAUUCAAACUUUUACAAUUUUAAUUCAAAAGAAAGAAAUAUCAGAUUUUUUAAUUGAAAAAGGAGUUUUUGAUAGAAUAGAUAUAGUAUUUAACGAAGAAGGACUUAUGACAACAGAAAGACUAUUCUUUUCUGUCCAAUUUUUAGCCCAAUUAACAAAAACAAUUUCUGUUGAGGAUGUCGGCCAUAUUAACGCGAUGGCAGCAUACUUUGUAUUACAGCUUGAUCCAGAAGUGAAUGGACUAACAAUUCUCGAUCAAUGCGCAAUAGGAUUAUCAAAUUUCUUCCAAAUGGAUCUUAAAAAGGAAACAAGAGGUGUUGCAAUUCAAUAUGACAUUGUUCCGAGAUUACUGAAUAUAAUAAACAAAUUUGGACCUUCAAUUGAUGAAAUGAGCGUUAAUUUAACGAAUACAGCCCUAUUUAUAUUUCAAUCUAUCUUCUACUAUCCAACAAAGAAACUACUUGAGAGUCUUGAUGAUUAUCCGGACUAUUUAUUUACAUUAAUAAAUUGUGCACGUCAUUUCGAUCAAGAAGUAGCCAAAAAGGGUAUUUCCAUACUUGCCAACCUUAUGCUUGAUGGACUUAUCGAAGAUGAAGAAAUAAAUAAUUCUGAAAUUCCAUUAGUUCUUCAAUUCAGCUUUGAAGAUGGAAAUUAUAAGCUAAAACUUGCAGCCUUGAGUCUUGCAUCGGCAAUUAUUCAGGAAUGUGAACCAGAAACGAUAAAAAACUUGUUUAAUCCUGUUAUUGUUCAAAAAUUUGUAGAAACAAUGAUAUAUGAUAAAAGAAUAGACUACAAGAAUGUUUUGAUAUCAAUACAAACCUUGUUACACAAAGCAGAUCUCUCAGGAAUCUUAGAUCCAGUUGUUGAAUGUUUUCAGACAGAAGAAUUCAAUGAAUACUUGCAUGAAAUAGAUGAUAACUGCGAUGAUGAAAAAUUAAGUGAAUUAAUUAUGGAAAUUGUGAGAGCUCUUCACUUUGAUGAAGAAUAG